UGGUCUCGUCAAGCUCACGCUGAGAAACAGAUAAAAAGUCUUCCUGAAAAAAACAAACCCCUAUAAUUAAAGUUGUAGAUGGACUACAUCUACACUUUCUUUGUUUCUUUCUUUUCAAGUUCCAUACUUUACAUGAAAUCUCUCUGAUAGAGUAAAGUGGGAGAGACAGAGAGAGUGGAGGACAAGCAUCAAGGGUGUCACCUGAGAGACUGUGUUGAUCAGCAAGAGAUUCCCCUUACAUCUGAGAUACUUGUAAGUGUAUUAAUUACUCAUCCUGGGGAUUCUCAAGAACUUAUUUAAGAAAAAAGAAAUUCUUGAAGCCCAUGGAAUCUGCAAAUCUCCAUCACCAAUACGAUCAAUUCCAAGAUCACCAUGCUGGGUCUUCUUCUUCAUCUUCUUUAGACAGCCCUUCUUGCUAUGGAUCAGUUGAUAACUCCCAUUCUUGGACACCCAACACCAGCUUCUUGAAUGCUGGUGGAAACUUCUCGAACUCCAAUGUCAUAGUAGCAAACUCUAGAACUGAUCCGACUCCGAAACAUGGCAUCCUCAGUCCUCUUCUCCAAAGUUCCUCGGUCCAAAUCGACCUUGGAUCUCACUGGACAAGAAACAACUCAUCAGUCGAACCGUUCGGCAAUAACGUAGACCUCACAUACGGUGUCAAGGAAGAGCUCUCGGGCUCUUCAAGAUUUACUGACCUGCUCAACAGUACUCAAUCUGGCAUUGAAGAUUUGCAUCUAUAUCACAGCACAAGUCACGUGAAGAACACUGAUGAGGAGAGUGAUGACUUGAGCGAACUCAGCCAGAAGCUCAUGCUCAAGACUUUGACCUCCACUUGCCAAAUUAACCUCAACGCGUACUUGCCCGGCCAAGAUUUCUUCUAUCCAAGCGCUCAACACUAUGUUCGGCCAGGGAUUUUCAGCCAGAUUCAUCCAAGCAUUGAUGUUUCGAAUUUGAGUCAGUCGCGGGGUUCGGUGUCAAGCUCCUUGGACAUAAAUUCUCCAGCAUUUGAUCUCCUAAACGGAAGAUUUAGUGGCAGUAUUGCAAACACUACGCAAGGGACUAAUCUUGGAAUGCAUAGAGAAAGCCUUGCUUUUGGCCUUCAACGAAUGCGGCAAUCAGCGCAACAUCACGAUCGAAUGAAGAUAUCGCCGGCUUUCUCCGCAAAGACAACAGAGGCAAAGAGACCCAGCAGUUCACUGGAGCCUAGCAAGACUAGUGGCCCUCAUCAUCAGGUUGCUCCCAAGAAAACAAGAGUGGAUCAGUCAACAAGAGCUGCUUCUGCACCUUUCAAGGUUAGGAAAGAGAAACUAGGGGACAGGAUAGCAGCUCUGCAGCAGUUAGUAGCACCCUUUGGCAAGACAGACACAGCAUCAGUACUGAUGGAGGCUAUUGGUUACAUCAAAUUCCUACAAAACCAGGUUCAGACGCUAAGCGUUCCUUACAUGAAGUCUUCCCGCAAGGAGGCCAACCGAUCGAGGCAACGGGGUCCGAGAGAGGAUGAAGAUGACGAACAGACAACCCAAAAUCUUAAAAGCCGGGGGCUAUGUCUCGUGCCGCUAUCGUGCAUGUCUUAUGUCGCCGCCGAGGGAGGCAGCGGAGGUGGCAUUUGGCCAUCACCUGCCGCCCAAUUACCUCAGUAGAGAGACUUCACAAGUUGUUCAUCUCCGCUUGGAUAGCUUGAGUUAAUCAUCUAGGUUCUCUCCUCGUCCAUCAUUUGUGGAGCAAAUUUGGUCAUUCUGAAAUAACCUCGACUUCAGCGGAGACCAAGUUUGAUCCAUCGAUUUUUUUCCCCCUGAUGAUAAUGUAACUUCAGGAAUUUUCUUUUUUUUGCCAUGCACAUUCGGUUCGUGAUGAGCAAUCAUCAUCGAAGGGAAUCUGAAAAUAAAUCAACUAGUUUAUGACCC